AUGGAAGUAGCUGAAUGUAAGGUAACACCUGGUACAGUUAAACCAAGUCAAGUACUGGAACAGAUUUGGCAUCUAAACCUAAUGAUAAGAGAAUCACUUCUAAAGAGUGAUCUUCAAGAUAAUGAAGCUACAGCAGAGUAUGUGCCUAGAUUGAUCUUUCUCAUGCAACAGCUCAGCAGUUCCCUCAGCCAACAGUUACAACACAAUACAGAGAUCCUACAAGACACCUGCCAGCUAUUGAAUACUCUUCAGAACAAACACAAGCAACUGGUUUCAAGGCAAGAGAUCAUCACUCUUGUGAGUUGUCUUCAAAAAAUAAAUGAACUCUUUCUGGAUACAGUUACACAUCUUCAAGAGGCAAAAAACAAAUUUUAUGAUAUUAGAUGCAGACAUGAUGAUAAAUCUCAAUCCCAAAUUGUUCAAGAUGUUUUCAAUGAAAUAGUUGUGUGUGAAGAAGAAGAGACACAUUCUGGGAAAGUAUCUGCUGGUGUAAGUCAGCCACUCCAGGUAACUUCUCCCAUGAAUGAAAGGAAAAGUCCAAACAUUCACCAAGUCCAGCCAAGUGAAAACAAAACAGUGGAAAAAGAAACUGCUAUAUCAUUAAGUGAAAAAAAUCCUGAUCAAGAACAGGCAGUAAGCAGAGACCUCCCAAAGCUAAUGGAAAAUGAAGAUCACAAGCUACUACAGAGUUCACAUACAGAGCAAAAAGAUUACAACAGAAAGGAGGAAAGUCAUGGAACAGGGUCUUAUAAUAAGAAAUGCCCAAACAGAGCUUUUCAAGAAGUUCCCGGGAGCAAUGGAGAUGAUAUAAUUGUAUCUGGAAAGUCCAAAGAUAUCUGUGAUAGAUCUGUAAUUAAUCUUUCUGAUCAAGAACAGGCAGUAAGUGAAGAACCCCCAACUCAGAUGGACUAUGAAGAUCACAAACCAACAGAGAAUUCAUGUGAAGAAGAAAAAGAUGACAACAAAAAGGAGGAAAUUUAUGAGAUUACUGGGAGCAACAGAAAAAAUACAAUUGAGUCUACAAGGUUGGAGAAUAUAUGGAAUACACCUGCCAUGAAUCUUUCAACAAAUGAUUCAGAAAAAGUGGAAAGAUCAAGUCCCUGGAUGAACAAAGAAUUUCUAGCAGAAGUGAGUGGUAAGAUUGAACCUGAAGUUGCCUGUUAUAUUACAGCACCUUCCAUCACUCUAGAAAAUUUAGUAUGCAGGAUCAUCAAUGACAUGAGUUCCUUGGUGGUGGAAGAUUCUGAGGAGCUGGUCAGCAAUGUUAUCAGUGUUGCAUGCUUAGACCAUGGAAAACUAAUUCCCUUUCCUAUCAACAUUGCAAUCCCAUUCACUGCACGCUACAGAGGAAAUUAUCGAGACAUCAUGGUGAAGGUGACUGAUAUGAACUUUCAAUCAAGUUACUUAACUCCCAUUUCCUUUGAUGGGUGCCAGGGAAACCAGAAGGGGGCCUUUGCAGAAGUGAAAAUUUGCCAGCUUGGUAUUUUUUCUGUGGUGUCAUGCUUAAAAAAAGAAACAUUCAUCAUUCCAAAGAAAGGGCUCUCACAAAAGCUAAGCAUGGAUUCUAGAAUCUCUUUCUACUACCCUCCAGAAACGUUCAGUUCUCCAGUGACCAUGCAGUUAAAGGUCCAGACAAUUGAGCCAUCACUGCUUUCCAUAUUAAAGGCAAAAUAUGACAAGUACCAUUCAGUAGUGUCUACUAGCCCAUUGGUUCAUAUCCAGCAUCCUUCAUCCCAGCCAUUUAACAAGUCAGUCAGUAUUAUUCUACCCUGUCCUCCAAAUCCAGAAAAAAAGAGACCAGGAGAUGCAACAGAACAUGCAAGAGCGUCUAGUGCCACUGUAACCAGGGUUACAACUGCAUAUCAUCUUCGGGCAAUGAGUGCCUCGGUGAGAAAACAUGGAGAGAAUCUCGGUGAAUCCUUGAAAGUAUUGGGUUACAGAAGCAAAGAAGAGGAGUGGGUUGUGCUUGAUGAUGUUAUUGUGCGGAAUGCACGGAACGGACUUGUAUCAUUUGAAGUAGAUGAGUAUCUAGAAAGCUUUAUUGUCAUUCGCCUCUCAUUUGCCAUGGACAAUACACAUCUAGUUCUGUUUAUCCAGGCUCUGGAGGAAGCCAUUCGCAGCACCAUGGCUAAUGUCGUACUAUAUCGGAAAAAAGAAAACCCUCAUAGAAUAGUUGUUUUACUGGUUCUGUCCAAAGAACUGAACUGGGAGCUGCAAAGCCUGCGUGAGGAGGGAUACUUUGGUCCUCCAGAACCAACGCAACAGUUUCAACUAAGAGAAGGAGAGCAGAUUCAUUUUAGAUUUACUGGCAACAUAUUUGCCUCAGAUGAUGGGAAGAAUUUUGGAAAAGUCUACAGGCUUAUUUUUCAUUCACAAAGAAAGCCCAGACUGGAGCUCCAACUCAAAGAAGUGGAUGAAUUUGGUAACUACAGCUCACCUCAUUACAAGGGAACUGCAGUAUUUUACAAAAUGACCAGAGAAACAAUAGCCAAGAACUGGGAUCAACCUCUUCUGCCUGCUGACUAUCAGGACCAGUCACCUUUAUGCAAGUUAGCACUAACCUUACCAAAGCAUGAAAAAUUAAUCAACCGGCCACAAAGCACAAAAAGAAUUGCUACAGAUUCAUCAGAGGCCCUGUGGGAUAAUUUGCUGUACUGGCUCGCAGAGGAGCUCUCAGAAGAUAAUACAUCAUUGCUCUCUCUGCACCUGCCUAUCCGUCGGAGCACUCUUCAGCUUGUUAGACUGAAAUGCCCUGAUAAUCUAACACAUCAGAUCUAUGAGCUUUUUUGCUUCUGGAAAAAGAAUCUUCCAAGAUCAGCUGAUAAACAACGACUCCUAUCUCGUUAUCUUCGUAAGAGUGGCAGAAGUGAUCUUUCUGAAGAGCUCAGGUUCAAGUGGGAGAAUAAAGCGUUCACUUGGCAAAAGCACUGGUUUGACAUGGACAACUAA